CUUUGACCACUUACCAAAAUGUCUGCCACUCCGUUUUAUGAAUUAUAUCGUCGAAGCAGCAUUGGCAUGGCAUUGACCGAUUCUUUGGAUGAACUAAUUCAAAGUGGCCACAUCAAUCCGCAGUUAGCCAUGCGUGUGUUAACUACAUUCGAUAAAAGCAUUUCUGAAUCCUUAGCGCAGUUGGUGAGAAACAAAGCUACUGUUAAGGGUCAUUUGCAUACGUACCGUUUCUGCGAUGAUGUCUGGACAUUCAUUAUUGAAAAUCCCAAUUUCAAAUUUGAACAAGAAGCUGUGUCAGCGGAUAAGGUUAAAAUUGUUGCUUGCAAUGCAAAACGGCCUGGUGAACAAUAGUGUAGCCGCUUGCUUUUUUUUUUACACCCCAUCAUGUCGACACUUAUUCCUUUUUCUCCUUCUGACCUUUGUAAAUACAGAUCGUUAUGGAGUUUUUCCAAAUCAUGUAAACUCUGCUAUAAGUAUGUUUUACCUUGUUUUGCUUGUAAGGUGGCGCAGUUCGAUAGUACAGUGCCGCACCAAAAAAAAAAAAAAGAGACAAUUUUCAAUUUCUCCCGAUUUUUUCCCUCACUUCCUCAUGGUACUUCUACAGCCUUAUAGUUCUUUCUCCUUGAUAAACAAUGCUACGCGCAUCAAAUGGGACACUUGUACUAUUCAAAAAUAUGUACAUACUAUAUGUAAAGCAAAAAGAAAGAAAGAAAAACGGGAAUAAGUAGAGCAACUGGCCAAACUG